CGUGUCCAAAGGUGACAGUGUGAGAGGAAUCCAGCAGCACAACAGCGCGCGCUGAAUCGGUGUGAGGAAAACUGCCAACUCAUGCGCGUCAGCGCGAGACUCCAGGUGAUGAGCAGAGACGAGCUCACCAUCACACACACACACACACACACCUGCAUCUCACACACUUGAACGCACGCGAAAGACGAGCGCACCUGCGUCUCACACACAUUCGGCUCGACCAUGGGCCGCUACAGCGGGAAGACGUGCCGCCUGAUCCUGAUGCUCGUCAUCACCGUGGUCUUCUUCGUGGCCGAGAUCGUGGCGGGUUACAUGGGGAACUCCAUCGCGCUCGUGUCCGACUCCUUCAACAUGCUGUCGGAUAUACUGUCGCUGUGCGUCGGGCUGACGGCGGCGCGUGUGUCGCGACGCGCGGGCUCGGGGCGCUUCACCUACGGCAUGAGCCGCGCGGAGGUGGUGGGCGCGUUGGCCAACGCGGUGUUCCUCGCGGCGCUCUGCUUCUCCGUGUCCAUGGAGUCGCUGAAGAGGCUCGCUUUGCCGCAGGCGAUCGAUGACCCAACGCUGGUGCUGAUCGUGGGCGCGCUCGGGCUCGCGGUGAACGUGCUCGGGCUCCUGGUGUUCCAGGACUACCGGUGCCUGUGCGCGGCGCUGCGGAAGGACGCGGGGAAGUCGAGCAAAGAGGACGGGGACGAUUCUGAGGAAGAAGCAGGCCUCCAGGACCAGAAGGCUGAGCGAGAAGGUCCUCCUCUGAACAUCCGAGGUGUUCUUCUGCACGUGUUGAAUGACGCUCUGGGGUCAGUGGUGGUGGUCGUGGCGUCGGCUCUGUUCUACGUGUGGCCCCUGGCCCCCGAGAGCCCGUGUAACUGGCAGUGUUACGUGGACCCCAGUCUGACCCUCAUCAUGGUGGUCAUCAUCAUGUCCUCCGCCGUUCCACUGGUCAAAGAAACCGCUGGAAUCCUGUUGCAGAUGAGUCCGGCUGACCUGCAGCUGAGCCCCAUCCUGGAGAGUGUGUGCAAACUCCCCGGCGUGACGAGCGUUCACGAGGCUCACGUGUGGGAGCUGGCUAAAGGGCGUAACGUGGCGUCGCUGCAUGUGCGAGUGUGUCCGGAGCUGGCGGAUCUGAGCUGGGCGGCGGGCCGGGUCGGGCUCCACGGACAGAUCCUGCAGCUCUUCCACCGGGCCGGGGUCCACAGCGUGACGGUGCAGCUGGAGCGGGCCGAGGGGGAGACGGACCCCGGACACUGCAGCGGAGUGUGUGUGUCGCCCGCCUGCGUGAAGCUCUCCUGCUGUCCGGCCGCCGCAGUGAGUGUGUGUGACGGAAACCCCUCCUCGCCCUCGGGGGACGUGGCUGUUGACAACGCUGGACCCGCCCUGCUGAGAGACACACACACACACAGCCCCAACACACCUGACAAGUGUGCCGAAAGCACCAAGUUUUAAAGCUAAAAAGCUGGUUUUUCAAGAGCGUGGAAGAUGAGACUGAAUCCCAGCCGGAUCUGUGAUAUUCUGCAGGACACAAAAGAGUGUUUAAAGGGAUAGUUCACCCUAAAAAGAAAACUAGCCCAUGAUUUACUGUCCCUCAAGCCAUCCUAGGUGUACAUGACAUUCUUCUUCCAGACGAACACAAUCUUAUCUGUGUGUGUGCCGUUAUAACGGCAGUGAUCGUCCGUGUCCGUUUCAAAUUCCAUAAAAGUGUAUCUGUCCAUCAUCAGUGAGUAAAUCAUGGGCUAAUUUUAAUUUCUGGGAGAACUAUCCCUUCACGUCUCCGCACGUCUGUGCCUUUCAGACUUCUGGGUCGUUUGAGUCGUUAAACACGACAUGCUGUUCGACGGUGCCUGACUGAAACUGCUGCUUAUGUAUUGUGUGAAUGAGUGAAUCUCUCGACGUCCAGCUCACAGUUCAGCCCAAGAUAAAGAGGUCCGGUAACACUUUAUUUUACGCUAUCAUUGUGAUGUUACAUGCACAAACUAUAAAUUAUGCAUAAUUACAUGCAACUAACCCUCAAACAUCCUAACCCUAAUGUAAGCACAUGUAGUUGCUUAAUAUUACUUAAUAUACAUCGUAACAACGACGCCUUAAAAUAAAGUGCAACCAAAGAUUACUUUUGCUUACGAACAAUCAAGCAAAAUUCCCAUGACUGUAAUAUGAGAAAUUAAUAUGUAAAUUAAUUUGUGAUAUAAUAAUUCCAUAUGUGAUAUGGAACUAUUAUAAAUCUUGACGCAUUACAGUUGUGCUUCAUUGCUGUAAUGCAACAAAUCUGUAGAUCCUUAUUUUUGGGGUUAAAUUAGACCUGGACAUUUUUUCAUGAGAUUCACAACAAAAUCAGCGUAUUUCUUAUUAUUAUUUAUCGUUUCUUUUCUCUUCGUAAUCUUCAUAACUGUUUGCUAAUUCAGGGAAACACAGAAUUAACUGAUAUUUACAUGUUCUGAUGUAGUUCAUAGUGUUGUGUGUGUGUGUGUGUGUGUGUGUGUGUGUGAGAGCGAGACAAUCGAAUGUAAACUGAAUACACUAAUAGGAAUCAUUGUGAUUAAAUUAUGAUUUAGCCUGGAAAUGAUUUGUGAACU